AUGGCAUCGCUCAUCAAUUUUACAGCACCGGAAUCUCCGAUACAUAAAACCCAAGUUGAAAAUAAUAAUAAUAAUAAUAAUAUGAGUGACUAUCAACAAUCGAAUGACAUUGUAUCAUCUUCUACCACCGCAUCUACAGUGAAUAACAAUAAGAUUGGUAGUGGUGGAAGUAGUAAUAGUAAUAGCAGUGUUUCAAUCAACAACAACAACAACAGCUCAGAUAGAUUCCAUGUUGUUGCAGGUUCAACACCUUUCGUACGUGCAAAAGAACAUGGUAAGGUGUACAAAGAGGCGACGAAGCGUGAACGUGAUUUCUACGAGAUGGUUCAGAGCAGUCGAAGUUCACUACCGAUCUACCAGUUGAUACCGCGCUACUAUGGUGUCUACAAUAGCUAUAUCAUACUGGAAGACCUUACCAGUGGUUACAGCAAACCUUGCAUCAUGGAUAUCAAGCUCGGUCUGACGCAUCACGAUCUCGAUCUCGACAUCCUCUACCCAAAGCCAAUUGAAAAUCACGAGUCCCUCGAGGAACAACAGCUCAUCGCUCGACUGAAAGCACAAACACACAUCACCAAAAGAAAUAAAUCGUGGUUGGUCUCAAAAUAUAUAACUACUCCACUUUUAGGUUUCUGUUUAUGUGGAUACCAGAAAUAUAAUAAUAAUAAAAAGGAAUUUGAAAAGGUGACAAAGGAACAGGGUAGAUAUUUAAAUUUGACAACCAUCAGAGAGAAACUACUGGAAUUCUUUCACACUGGUUCCAAUCUCCGAUCUGAUGCAAUUGAAUGUCUAUCUCAAAAGCUUACCUCAUUUAAAGAUUAUUUCGAAAAUAAUCCUGAAUUUAAAUUUAGAUCAACAUCACUACUUUUGAUAUAUGAAGGAGAUGAUUCUGCACAACAAUCGAAAUGCGAUAUUAGAUUGAUUGACUUUGCACAUGCCACUACAUUCCCACCACACUUGCAAGCAUUUUCCUCGGAACUCUCUGUUUAUACACCAGAGGCAUCGUGUGAGGACAAAGACAACACAGAGAAUUGUAAUAAUAAUGAUAGUUGCAAUGGUUUCUUCCCAAUCGAUGGUGGAUAUCUAUUUGGUGUUUCCAAUCUUUUGAAUAUAAUAACAUCGCUUUCAUCGGAAACCAGUCAAUCAUCAAACCAGUAG